AUGCAGUAUGAUCAUUGUCUAACCAUUUUGAUGGGGUUGCAAGUUGUCAAAUUUGCUAAUGAGAUGAAUCAUUUCGAACUUAUAGAGGAGGAGGCAGUUCCUCAAAUUGAAAUCCAGAGAUCAAGAGCUCAGUUACACAAAAUUUAUUCAACUAUUGUAAGAGACAAUGAACCUCUGAUUGGUGUUAACUCAGAAAUAGCACAAGCUUUGGCCAAUAUUAACAACAAUAUGAUGACAAUGAACAACAAUAUGGUGGAAAUGAACGAAAAUAUCGAGGCAAUGAAUAACAAUAUCGCAAACCUCCACAAUUCGAUGGUCACAUUGAGCAACAGUGUAGAUGCUCUCAAUAACAACAACAACAACAACAACAACAACAACAAUACCACCACCAGCAACGAAAUGAAUCAAAUAAUUCCAACUCUUAAUUUGAUUCCACAAAUCUACCAAGAUAUAUCAAGAAUAUCAGUUAGAUUGUCAAACACUGAACGUCGAGCACGCAACACAAGAUUCGCUUCGGUUCCUGGUAACGGUAUGUUUGAUUGGUUCCCAAACGACAUGGGUUCACCACCACCAAGAGAAGCCAAAUUGGGUGCAACUCCAAAUUUCUUUCCACUCCGUAUAGAUUUAUUAUCUUUAUUAGAUAUUUCUCGAUUGGCACAAUUCUACAACGAGGAUUUUGAAAUCAAUGGACAGGUUGACGACCAUUCACAAAUGUCCGACAAAUUUUGGUAUUGGACUCAACGAGACUAUACCAUAGUUGUACCACUCCAACCAAAUGUCAUAUAA